AUGGCGCCGAUCCGCGCGCUGUUUGGCAAUGCUGUCACGAUGGCACUCGAGGGAAACUUUAUGGACGCGAGCGAGCUCAGGCAGGUGCCGGAUAACCAGGAAGUGCUGCUGGGUCAGGACAGCAACGUGAGUGUGAUUCUCGAGGUCUUGCAGCAAGUGGAGCCGGGCACGUCGCCCGACGACAUGGACAGGGCCGUGCGCUACCAUUUUGAUUCGAUCGCAAAUGAUAACGACGCGACGGACGUGCACGUUACAUGGGUCGAUGUUGCUGCUGGGGAUGCACCUGCAGGGAAGACCCCACAACCUGCGCUGUUGCAGGGUACGCAGCGCGUGAAGAAGUUUGGCAAGCCGGCGGACAAUGAUCUCGUACACAUUUGGGUGGCAGUAUGGCGCCUGCCAUCCAAGAAGGUCGAUUUGGCACUCUCGCUUAAUGAACCUUCCGAUGCGGACACUGACGCGAUUGCGCAGCGGUUUCGUGCAUCGGCUGGAUCGCUGCGUAUAGUAAACUGGGAUCUAUUUGCAUAG